UUCCUACCCUCAUCGACCAUCGGCUGUGGGGGAAUUCUCCUAGUCCUCGUCGUCAGUCAUACCAGAUGACAGACUCUCGACGGCUGCUGAUUCCCGAUGAACAUCCUGGAGCCUCGCAAAGAGACCUGAAGAAAACCUUGGACCCCCUACAAAAAGAGAGAAUUGCACUGGCUAACGAAGUACCAGUGGAGAUUCUGCAACAGAUCUUCGACUUGACCGUCGCGCCAACGUUCCUGCUUACUCCAGGCUUCGCCGUACGCGAGGAUGCGUGGCUGAUCUACAUGAGGACGAAACGUUCCCUGCCUCUGGUCUGUCGCUCCUGGUAUCCCGCUGCCAACGCGAUGCUGUAUCGCGACAUCGGUUUGCGGAGCGUCGGCCAGAUCGCUGCUCUCCUCGAAACUCUACAGGACACGCCAACGCUUGCCUCCUUGGUCAUGUCGCUGUCGUUUGCCUGUCAUGUCGCACAGCACCACGAGGAAGCGUACGCGCGCGAUGCGACUCUGCUUCUGCAACUGUGCCAUGUCAUGAGCAGCGUGUCUUUCGUCGCGUCGAACCCAACGACGUUUACGGCCCAACUGCUGCCAUUACUCAACCCCGAUUGCCCACCACUCACUGGCGUUACCAAACUCCACGUGAACGAAGGCUUCGAUAGUGAAGCCUUGUUCUCCGACCGCUACGACGAGAUAGUGGCUACAAGGAAUGCGGGCUGGUACAUACGCACGAAGCCGCUCCGCUCGACCCCCUUCAUAUCCGCGGCGAGUGACCAUCUGGUAGAACUCAGCUUGCCAUUCAACGACGUAGUUCGCGACAUCCCAGAGUUGACCUUCCCCUCGCUCAUCAGCUUCAGCUGCUCAGUCGCCCGUAGGGCGAACGCCAGCUUUGCGCAACUCACCCUGCGCUGGGAACUACCACUACUCCAACGAUUUACUAUAUCCAUCUUGGUUGUUGGGCCAUAUCUCUCUCGAACUAGACCCCGGUUUGCCUACGAGCCGCUCCUCGGACCUUUCGCGAGCCGCCAUGGCGCCCAGCUACGCUAUAUGCAUAUCCUAAAUCGUGCGGAAUACACCGACCAAAACCUAAGCCUCAUGGAGGAUAUCCAAUCUGCGCUAGAUUCCUGCCCACGCCUCGAGCAUCUUGUGCUUCCAUCCAGCAUAAAACCUACCCCCGCUCUCCGGCAUCCCACCGUACAAUGAGUGGACGUCUGGGAGCCCCAGAGAGUUUCAUAUUGGCUUAGCGACCCAGCGGAUUGGAACAGAUUCUCGCGGUACAUCGUCAGUCCUGCAGGGCAUUUCACUCGCGCAGUUUCCUGUCAGUGGCAGCAGGGUUUCCCCAGCUUUCAGAGAGGCCGUACCAUCGAUGUCGCUCUCUCGUUCUUGCGAGACUUGCCAUGGGUCCUUCGACCCGACGUUUGGGCAGGCGUGACCGUGGCAUUUGACUAUCCUGCCAUCGCCGUCAGACAUAGCAAGUUCCGCAUCAGGCGCGCAGACCUGGACCGGAGGUACAUCUCUCCCCGAGGCGACGAGACUGAGGAAAUCUCCUUGAUUAGCG